GGAAGAAGACAACCACUGGAUCUGUAAGCCCUGGAACCUGGCUCGUGGACUGGACACACACAUCACUAAUAAUCUGGAUUAUAUUAUCAGACAGAGAGAAAGUACACCAAAGGUGGUGUGCAAGUACCUUAAUGAUCCAGUGCUGUUCAACAGAGAGGAAAUAGGAAUGGUGAAGUUUGACAUUCGCUACAUGCUGAUGUUGCGUUCUGUUCAGCCUCUGCGUCUUUAUGUCUACAAUGUAUUCUGGCUUCGCUUUGCCAACAGACCUUUCUCCUUGGAUCAUUUUGAUGACUACCAAAAGCACUUCACUGUCAUGAACUAUGCAGAGGGGGUGGAGCUUAAACAGGUUCACUACGAUGAGUUCAUUCCCAUGUUUGAGAAGCAGUACCCACAGUAUUCAUGGAAAGAGGUGGAAGCAGAGUUGUUUAAAGCUUUUAAGGAACUCUUUACAGCAGCUUCAUCUCGACUGGGUCCGUAUGGCAUCCACCCAUAUCAGUCAUCCCGAGCAAUCUAUGCUGUAGAUCUCAUGCUGAAGUGGAGCCAAGGACAAAAUG